AUUGUUGUGCCUAUCAUCAUCUCUCUCUCUCUUAGAAAAUAACUAGCAAUCCAUCUCCCAUUUCUUUUUCUUCUUAUUAUCUCCCAUUUACUUAGAUCCAUGCAGCAGCUCCAGCCCUUUGUCUCUCUUUCUAAUUUGCUUUAAUUUUUUAUUUUCUCUUCUCUUUGUUUCCUCAGAAAUCGAACGAUAGGAGAAAGAUGAGCUCCCUUCGUCCAGAUCCGACCUCCAGAAUUCACCCUGAGCCUGAACCAACUACUACUACUUCCUCUCCUUCAAUCGACCAUUUCGACCGCCUUCCUGACUCUCUUCUCUUACUCGUUUUCAACAAAAUCGGCGAUGUCAAAGCUCUCGGUCGCUGCUGUGUUGUUUGUCUCCGCUUCCACUCUCUUGUCCCUCAAGUCGACAACGUUGUUGUCCGUGUCGACUGUGUCAUCUCCGAUGAUGACACCUCCUCCUCCUCCUCCUCCACAAAGUCACACUCUCCCUCCUCUUCUUCUGGAUUCUCCUCCAUCUUUCGAUUAGUCUUCGGUGGCAUUGUCAAACCCUUCCAAGUUCUGGGUCAGCUGCUUGGGCCCAAGGUUAAUUCGCGAAAUGGGUUUCUCAAUUCUUCGCUCUCUGUCGGCACCACCACGAGCACCGACGAUGAUACGGAACCGGAUCAAGGUGGUGUCACCCAUCAUUCUCCAACUCAGGUUCUUAAGAAUUUUAAUGAGAUUCGGUUUCUGCGAAUCGAGUUACCCAGUGGGGAAUUGGGGAUUGAUGAUGGGGUUCUUUUAAAAUGGAGGGCUGAUUUCGGAUCUACACUUGAUAAUUGUGUUAUCCUUGGUGCUGCUUCUGUCUUUACCAAUAAUAAGAAUUCUUUUGUUAUGCAAGAAAAUGAUGCUAUAUGCAACAGUACUGCUGCUAUUAAUAAUAAUAAUGGUGUUGAUGAUAAUGGAAGCAUACCAGAGUCGUUUUACACCAAUGGGGGAUUGAAGUUGAGAGUGGUGUGGACUAUUAGCUCUUUAAUUGCUGCAUCUGCUAGGCAUUAUUUGCUUCAACCAAUUAUUGCUGAGCAUAAGACUCUUGAUAGUUUGGUAUUGACUGACGCUGACGGGCAGGGAGUCUUGCGUAUGAACAGGGAGCAACUGGAGGAGUUGAGGGUGAAGCCAUUAUCGGCUUCUUCUGCUUCGAAGAGGACUCUUGUGCCUGCAUUGAAUAUGCGGCUUUGGUAUGCUCCUCACUUGGAAUUGCCUGAUGGGGUUGUGCUGAAAGGGGCUACUUUGGUUGCUAUUAGGCCUAGUGACCAGGCUGCUACUAAAAAGGAUGUGUCUGAUAUCUCAUGCCUGUCCACUGCAUUUGAGGAGCCUUAUGGUACCGCAGCUAAGAUGCUGGUGAAGAGGAGGACUUACUGCUUGGAGAUGAACUCAUUCUGAUUACAGUAAUGGGAUUGAGGGAAAGCACAAUGGUUUAAGGCAAAGUGGAUGUGAAUGUUCUGCAGAGUGAAGAAUCAGAAAACAAUUUUUCUUUAUGCUUUGGCAUAACUGGAUGCAGUGUCUCAUGAAACUGAAUCUUUCUUUGGACUGCCACUGGAAUCCCUAUCUGCAGUUGAUGAUGCCUUGCAGUCUUUUCAGCCUUUUGUGCAUGACUGACAACCACCAGCAGCUUGUUUUAAUUUCAAGCAUAUACUUGUAAGGUGCACACAUGCAACUAGAUGAAUGCAGUAAGAGCUUUGAGUUUGUAGCGAUUUACUUUAAUUUAGAAUUAUGUAUGUGAAUAUUGUAGGUAUGAGUAUGUUGCACUUAUAUUACACUUCUGUCGUACAGUAAGCAAUGUACUCCUGGUUAACCUUAAAAUGUUCUCUUUUGCAGCUGACUAAAUGUUAGCAAACAUAUACAGUUGUUUUGCUUGUAAAUGACUUGAACUUAUUUCUUGAA